UCAUUUUAAUUUUUUUUUUAUCUAAAUGUGAAGACAGACGCAAAGACAGGCGGUCGGUCGCGGUCAGCAGGUUUGGUGUCUUCGGUAGCCACAUGUUCGAAAGCUAGCGCUAAGUUGGCUAGCAGUAAACUUUUCUUUGGGACGAUUUCACCCCGCUUCGUCGUCCUCCUGCUCCGAGCAAUGGCAGCCGCCACAUCGUCGUUGGAUGAGAAAGGAAAACAUCUGUGGAUCACUCUCCUGGCGCUGGGAUUUCGACCGGACACCGAAACGCAGUCAUACGCCAGCAAAACUCAAACCCCUGCUAAACACAUCAAACUGGGACCGUCCAUGUUCAACAGACCGAACAAGGAUGCCUCCCGCAUUGUAAUUCAUUUUCUGUUAGUGAAGCUCAAUCCCACUCGAUUUCGCGAAGCAUACAGGAACUGCUGGCCUGUUUUGACCCAGAAAGUGGAUGCUGAAUUUCGCAAACUGACUUGUGACUGGCUGCAAGAAAUAAUGGAAAAGAUGAAAGGAUCCAAAGUGGUGGCAUCACUAUUGCUCACUCCUGGAGGCCCCAAAUUUGUCCAGUUGAUGCUUAACUUGGCCAAACACGUCAUGUUGCAGGAUAUGCGCACAUUUACAACAGAUGAAAGCUGGGUUCCAGAGAGUGUAGAAAAUUCCACCUCCUCCCUGGACAUGGAGAUGAAGAGAUUCCAUCUGGUCCGCAAAAGAUUUCUGAGAGCUGUUGUGGAUCAGGAUCAUUUACUCAAUGAAUACAAGACACAGGCCCGGACUUUGACAGAGUCGAUCAGGGAACUCAAAGCCCGAGAUGCCAAGCUCAAAGAACUACCUAAGUGUCAAAGCAGUGAGUCUGAAGCUUCUCGAGCAGAGAAGAUCCAAAAGGUGCGCUCCCUAUGGUCCACAAUUGAUGAAAUGCUGGAAGUGAUUAAAGAAAAUCAGGGUGCCGCAGAGCGUGUGUUGAAAGGUGAGGUGGAUCAGUACAAGCUGGAUGGGAAAGAUCAAGUCCUUACAAUCCCCAAUGUUCUGCUGGAGAGAAUUCAACAGCUGCCGCAGCAGUUAAAGUCGGGAAACCUGCGUAAAGAUGGCAAGCUGAACCUCCUCUGUGUGAUGGAGCUGAUGAAUCACGCCUUGCAGCUCCUGAAGGACGAACGUUGUCGCACGUCUCAUGCGCCCAAGUCCCAGCUCAGUUCUGAGCACUUGAAGAAACAGUGUCAGCAAAUGAACCACUUGAUUGAGGACCUCACGCUCUUGAAGAAGAAGCUUGCAGAGGAAGAGGUUAAAUUCUCUCAUGCCGUCACAGAGCAGGAGGCAGCCUGGGACCAGAGGUGGAAGGAUAUGCUGAAAGAAACACCUGUAGCUUCUUUCCUGGUUGUCGAUCCUGCUCUUGAUUUUCUUCCCCCUAUUACUUUAAACUCAGUGGAGGAUGAAGAUGGUUACCAGAGUAGCGACCUCUCACACCACUCAAAACUUCUUUGUGAGCAGAACGAGACACUACUGGCAAAGUAUGACGUUUAUUGGUAUCUUUUUGUUUUUAAUUAUGUUGUCUUUUUACCAGUGGAUGAAUCUGAAGCAAAUGGCAUACAGGAUGAUAGUGUUCUUGGUUUAUCUACCCUCAAAAGAUCUGCUCAACAGCCUGCAUCUGUUGAGAGGCUAGAAGAGACUCCCGUCACCCCUCCCCAAACAUCCAGGCCAAAUACGUCUCUGCCCCGGCCAGCUCACGCGCCUCCAUCCCAACCUGUGAAGACUCAGCCUGUGAAACCACCUCAGGUCACUGUGGAAAACAAAGCCCAUGUCCGCAGUAAAGAAGCUUGCAGGACGACAAAGACGCAGAUAUUAGACAUGGAACAUGACAAUCUGGCUGAGCAGUUCGCAGACGCUUUAAUGGCCACCAGUCCUCCGGAGGGCAACGGGAACGGCUUCAACUUGGAGGACGUCCUCAACAAUCUGCAGAGAGAUCCCUUCUCCGCCAGGAAACAGCUGCCGCGGACACCCGAGAGCUUGAGUAAGCCCGUCAUAGAUGUGAAGCGCUCCUGGCAAAAAGCUCUUCAGGAGAACGAAGCUGCAAAACUUGAGAUGGUCGCGUUAAACGACAGCAUCGACCAGAAACCCAGCCUCCCCCAGGGGCACCGGAACGUCUUCAGUCCUGACGCCCCCUCCAACACCUUGGACUUCUCCAGUAUUCUCUUCCCCAUUAGGAGAUACGACAGCCAGCAUAAGGUCUUACAGUCCACCCUGUUGUCGGAUACUUUGAACAUGGACAGUGCUGAUGGCAGAGCAAAGCUGUACAGCCUCAAAAACGAAACUCUCCCCGAGCUGCCCAGCUUCGAUUCUCUGGACCUCUCAGACGAUGUUAUAGAGAAUUACGACGAAGGGCCACUCAUCCCUACCAUGGCGGAGACUGCGACGAAGGUAUGCCCCUCCCCCUGUCGGGCCCAGCAGGCGUGCGGAGACAGCUCGGUGCCGCAGCACAUGAGGACGCCCGAGCGCUUGAAAGAAGCAGCCACAGACAAAGUCUUUUCACUGGAUCUCGACACGCUGCGGACGCCCUCGCCUUUGAAGGAGAACAGCCUCCCCCAACUCCUCACAUUCUCCCCCAUUGACGACAUGUAGUGUCAGACUCCUUUUUCCUGUUUAUACGAUGGUAACCCUUUGCUGUGAAAUGUAAUAUAGGCUUUGUAUAUCUGUAAAAAAAAAAAAAAAAACCCACAUGUUGCACUAAAACAUUCUUUAUUAAAUUUUAAUAAAUGACUGAUUUAAUAAAAUGACAAACUGCGCUUAUUUUUUUGUUAAAGAAUAACAUUUUAGCUAUGUGUUUGAGUCUUAAACAACUUGAAAUGAACAUGAGUUUUGGGUUAAAUGUGCUUUUGGGAUCUUAAUAGGUCUCUUCCUGUUGUGGUUUGUGUAUUUAGUUGCAGUUUGGAGAUAAGCAAUUUAUGGAUACCAUGUCAGCAAUGGAAUAUUUUUUUUUCUUUCUGUGAAGCAUUAAAUGACCGAUGCAAGCCA